AUGCGUCUCCAGAAAGAUAUCGAGGUCAACUCCAAGCAGGUAGCCAAGAAGGUCAAGAAGCAUAACAAAAUGAAGCGAUGGAGCUACAUCCUCGGUUUCGAACUCCUUAAUGAACUCAUGACUAAAUAAGAGAGGGACUAUUAUUAAGAACCCGGAGAACGCCCAGGUCUUUAAUCACAAAAAUCCUCGCAAAGAAAGAACAUGAUGGUGAGGAUGCUAA